UCCCUCCCCACAGCCGCCGAGGCACCCAGCUGCUCAGUGCUCUGGCGGGUAACGGAACAGAGCAGAGCAGGGCCGGCGGCUGGCUCCCGGGGCCGGGCAUGGGGGGCGGCGUCGAGCGCGGCAUGCAGAUGCUGCUGACCACGGUAGGGGCGUUCGGUGCCUUCAGUUUGAUGACCAUCGCCGUGGGCACCGACUACUGGCUGUACUCGCGGGGCGUGUGCCGGAGUAAGGGCGGCGGGGACAACGACACGGUUCACAAGAACGAGGAGGUGAUGACCCACUCGGGGCUAUGGAGAACCUGCUGUCUGGAAGGUACCUUCAGAGGAGUCUGCAAAAUAAUUGAUCAUUUCCCUGAGGAUGCAGACUAUCAACAAGACACAGCGGAAUAUUUAUUGCGAAUCGUCCGAGCUUCCAGCCUCUUCCCGAUACUCAGUGUGGGACUACUCUUCCUGGGAGGAAUCUGUGUAGCAGCUGGUGAAUUCUACAAAAGCAAACACAGCAUUGUCCUCAGCUCUGGGAUUCUUUUUGUUGCUGCAGGUUUAAGCAACAUAAUAGGAAUCAUUGUGUACAUAUCGGCUAACGCAGAUCCCGGACAGAGUGAUUCCAAAAAAAACAAUUAUUCCUACGGAUGGUCGUUCUAUUUUGGGGCGCUGUCAUUCAUCAUUGCUGAGACAGUGGGCGUGUUAGCAGUGCACAUGUACAUCGAGAAGAAUAGACAGGUGAGGGUGAAGUCUCGGAGCCAAGUGGUGAAGAAGUCCGCACUUGCCCGCAUUCCCAGCUACAGGUAUCGGUUUCGGCGGAGAUCAAGCUCCCGAUCCACAGAACCUCGAUCGAGGGACCCUUCUCCAAUCGGGGGCAAAGGCUACAGCUCGCCCCCCUCAACUGAGAUAUCAAUGUACACGAUGUCCAGAGACUCUUCGAAAGCAAUUGUGGCAACAAACUUGACUUCCGAAAGGAAUGCUAAAUUCCUGCAGGUUCGCAACUGUAUUUCCAAGGACUGGAAGGGGAGUGCUCAGUCCAACGCUGCCAAUAGGCGCACUACCCCCGUCUGACUGUGCAGCCCCGGACCAUUCCCUGCCAACCUAGAGUCAUGAAAAUGUUUCUAUUGAAAACGCCCUGGAAAAGGUUCCAACAAACUCCUAACGGAUAGCACCACCCUUCUCAACUUCUGCAUGUCCCUUUAUGAACUCACCGGUUUACUGACAGACCUCCCUUACAGAGCAGCGUCUAGUUUUUAUCAAACGAUUGAUAUGUUCCUAUCACUUUAAUGCUUAAUUAUCAUUAAAAUUUUGGAAAAUAUGAGCACAGUUGCAAAUCGAAUAGUUUAGGAGCACUGAAUUAGAUUAUGAACCUCGAUGAUUUAUGUAAAACAAUCAAGAGGAAUAAAAACAUAGGUCAUUCAACUUUUGGCAUCACUCAUUAUUUGUCAGGCAGUUUUGAUACUGUUAACCUGCCAUUAGAUAUCCACCCAUUAUUAUACAUCUGCCCAUUGUUAGAUAUCAUUGCGCAUUGUUAGAUAUUGUUGCCCAUUGUUGGAUAUCUGCUGAUUAUUAGAAUGUUGCCUAUUGCUAAAUAUUAGUGCCCAUCAUUAGAUAUCUGUCCAUUGUUAGAUACCUGUGUCCAUUGUUAGAAACUAGUGUCUAUUGUUACAAAUCCAACCUUUAUUAGAUAUCUAUUCAUUGUUAGACGUCAGUGCCCAUCGUUAGAUGUCAAUGCCCAUUGUUAAAUAUCUGCCAAUUGUUAGAUAUCUGCCAUUUGUUAUAUAACUAUACAU